UGGCAGAAGGGAGGUUCACAAGCUACCAGGGUUUGGUCGGUAACACCGCAGCACGCUUUCAUGUACGCCGUCCAUACAUGCACAUGGGACAUUGUAAAAAAACAAAGAAAACUAUAUUCAACCUAAACCGAUUGUUGUGUUGAGGGAAAACCCUUUUUGGCGAAUUAAUAUCAGCAAAACUGAAAAUAAAAGUUGCUGCAUUGAAUACAACCCAUGUAACAAACCGGAAGCCUGAUGUAACGGAUGAGGAAAUUACGGAAAGCGAGGAGUGAGAUGUUGAACGUUAAACGCAAAUAAAACCUCGGUUCAUUCAACGUUACUCUAACUAGUCGACUUAACAUUGUCGAGAUAACAAACCAACCCCAUGUGUUUUAUGGAAGGAGGCAACAACGUGACGACGUAGCUAGCGGCCUUUUUGACGUUAUUAACGUACAAGCAACUGUAACUCGUCGGGGCUUUUGUGUAAACAUCUGACCGACGUUACGUUAGCAUAUUCUGCCUCGAGAUUAGCCGAAACUGCCGUUUUACCUCCACGGACUGACUGGACGGGGAAACUACAAGUGGAAUUUCACGAGUGAUCUUUCCUGCAAUGGCGGAAAAGGAUCCGGAUCACAGUGGUACCGGUGUCUUCUACCAGGCAAUACCUGCUGUUGGUGCUGAUGGAAGAAACAUCAUGAAACUGAUUCCUGUAAAAAUGAUCAACGGAGACCUUUUCAAAUCUCAAAUAAGCCGGAUCAACACCAUCAUUGCACCACCGAAAGCUAUUACUGUCAAUAUUGCCUCCGGGCCAGUUGGCAUGGGGCAAAAGCCAGCUUUGAAUCCUUCUGCAACUGAGCAAAUUGUCAGGAAGCAGGUUCCCCUCGUGAAUGCCACCCCUUAUCAAGUAGGUUCAAAUCUUGGUUAUUCACUAAACAAGAAUCCACUCCAGCAACGACAACAGAGUGUGAAUUUAUUGGCAAUUGUACCUCCGAUGGGAUUACCUGUAGCAAACAGUGGGAAGUCAGUAAGACCUCCAUGUCAGCUCCCAGUCACAGUGCAAUCUCCAGUUCCCCCCAGAAUACAGUGCUUUCAGAUUCCCCCUCAGGCACAAGUCCGAACAGUCCCAGCAUCUGAUCUAUCGGCGGUUAACAAGAAACAGACUUUUACUCCAUCAGCCAAGUUGCUUUGCAGGACAUCAAACACAACAUCGUGUGGACUUCCAUCACAAGGAUCAGAACCACAUUUCAAUUUAGUUCCAAAUGUUCCACAAAGGCCCAACAGCCCCAUAAAGUGGUCGGUUGAAGAGGAAGACAACUCAACGGUUCCAACUCUUAAUCCUAUUGGUUAUUCUGCUACUUCAGAGAUUCUUCGACUUCUUGCAGGAAGAGAAAAUGCGCCCAUUAGAAAACCAGGUCCAGCUCUCGAGCCUAUACAGUCGUCUGUUACGACAGAGAGAGAAAAUGCUGGGAAGCUCUGUGAGGUCCUUAUUAAAUCUGUUACUGGGUCCAAUCAGGGCAAAAGUGUAGAAAAACUGGCAAACCCCAUGUUCAUGUGGAACGGGAAGCAACCACAACAGCAACAGAAUGUACAUGUAAUGGCCCUAGUACCUCUAAUGUCAACACCUGUAGCAAACAGUGGAACGUCCGGAAGACCUCCAAGUGAUCUCCAAGUCACCGUGAAACCUCAAGCACUACAAAGAGGACAGUGUCUUCAGAUUCUCCCUAGAACACAAGUCCGAACAGUCCCAGCAUCUCAUCUACCUCCGGGUAUCAAGAAACAGACUUUUCCUCCACCAGUCAACUCCUCACCAAGUUCUACCUUACCCGGUGCGGUCUACAUGGCGCCUAUCACAAGUGUCAAUCCAGGUGUUACUCCACAAUCUGAUUCUGCACUUGACAUGCUCAAGUUGCUUUGCAAGACAUCAAAUGCAGCAUUACAUAGACCUCCAUUAAAUGGAUCAGAACCACAUUUAAAAUUAAUUCCAAAUGUUCCACAAAGGCACGACAGCCCUAUAAAGUGGUCCAUUGAAGAAGACAACGAAACGGCUCCAACUCCUGAUGCUGUUGAUUCUUCUGUUACUUUGGAGAUUCUUCGAGUUGCUGCAGUGAGGGAAAAUGCUGAGAAGCACUGCAACGUCGUUAGAAACCCAGCUUCCGGGUCGAGUCAGGGCAAAAGUGGACAAGGAGAGGAAAACCCCUCGGUCAUGUGGAACGGGAAGCUUUUUGUUUUCUCCAAAAAUUGCAGCCCGCCAUAUAAAACUGGAAAAAGCGACCCACCACUUGCGUCAGUCACACCUCGGAAAAAGAAGGGCCUCGGAAUUCUCAAUCCGAACCAGUCGCACAAAGUGAUCGACCUUUGUGACGACGACGCUCCAAAUGACUCGUCUCAACAAGCGCCGUCGGUUCCUAGGUGGGCAGCCACUCCCGCGGAUGAAGACAAUGUCAUAUUCGUGUCAUAUACUCCGCCCGCACCCGAGUCUCAAGAUUUGAGACCACAAACGACACACGGGAAGGAAACCGACCCGGCAGCCACCAGCAGCUCGAGCAAUGUGUCGGAACACGAGAGCCCGGAUGGGACACCCGGCACGCUCGAAGGAAGACAUCUUGACCAGAACGUAUCAGUCAACACGGUCAAUCAUCCUACGCAUGUCAAUGUUUCAGCAGUGGUGAACAUGCAUGAUGAUGAUGAUGAUUGCUCCAACGUUAACAGCCAGCAGAGCACCUCCGCCCAACAGUUGGAGAGCAUGGAAGUUGAUCCCAGCAGCAACGGAGUAUGCGUUGGACUAAUGGAGGACACCCACAGCGUGGAGAGCUCUAUGACCAGUCGGACGUCUUCGCCGGCGCCAGAGUCCUGUCAAAGGUCGGAUGAUAUGCUGAGACGGAUAUUUGGGAUAACGGCCGAUGUGAAAAUUGACCUGCAGAGGAUGGACGGAGCCUCAGCUAGGUCUCUUCCUGCAGGACCUCCAGAGAGUGAGUGCAUUAAGCCGGUGGAGGAUCAUCAGGAAACAUCGAGCGGAUUUAAGGACGGAGAACUUUUUAUGCAGCAAGAGACUGAAAGCUGCAACGGGCUCAUCAAUGCAGAAAGGGGGAACGUACUCGCUCAACAGGAACCGUCCAAAGACUCCCCCUCUCCAAGUCCUCGCGCCGGUCAUGGACCUCCCGAGUGUUCACAUUUCAAAGUGAACACAAACCCUUCGCCCAGGGGGACAUGCGGCGACGUCGAAACGGAGCCCAUGACUGGAUACGUUGAGCCCAUCGAUGAGGAUUUUCUCAGCGCAGAGGAAGAAGACUUCCCCGACUCGCGGGACACAGCUGGCCGCUCUCAGACUUGUGCGGAUCUCAAUGCAAACACGGGGAGACAGGGAAGAAAAAGGAAGCGCCCAACGUGUCCAUGUUGCAUCCCGGGUGCUCCAGAUCCCCCAGCGAGGUCCAGUGAAAAGUCCGAAGAGCCAGAGAAGUGGGAGUGGACAACGGAGCGGACAAGCAAGAAAGGGGCGAGAGCAAAGGCCUUGAGUAAAGACGGGAAAACAUCUGGAAGCGUCGGCUGUCUGACGGCCAAGAACAUGCACAGCUGUAGGACGUCCGAGGAUCCGUCCAGUGACGGUUUAUCCACAGCGUCUGUGGACUGUGAUGAACUCAAACUACACAAGCAGAUCUCGAGACUCAAAGAGCUUCUGCAAGAGAAAGAGGCGGCUUUAGAGUUGAUGAGGACCGGCAGAGUUGAGGCUCUAGAGGGGCUGGACGGACAACGGCAAGACACGCCCUCCGCCGUCUGCAUCAGUGACGGUUGAGACUCGCAAAACACUUUGGAUUUAGCUGUCACUAUUUUAUCUUUUGUGAAAACUUUACAUUUUGUCUUAACAGACUUCUUGAAUGUAAUAUUUAUGAAUACUAAUACAAUAUUUAUAUUUUAAGGCACUGCUGCAAAGAAAUUCAUUUGUUCAUGUGAAUCUUUUGUGUACUGCAGAUUUCAGAGAGGUGUGUGUGUGUGUGUGUGUGUGUGUGUGUGUGUGUGUAUAUGUACGUGUGUGUGUGUAUAUAUGUAUA